AUGGACAGUAUAGUUAGAGAUAAGAUCUCAGAUAAGAUCUCCGAGCUGCUGAAGCCUCACAGAGUCUGUCUGGUGAAGCCCAUCAUUCUAAAUCAAUCCAGUCAGUCAAGCUCAAGAUCAGCCAACAGGUUUCUGGUGCUGAGUCUAUGGAGGGGUUAUCUGGUUGUUAACAAGCAGCCUGUCAGGGUAGAGAGCACGUUCAGCUUCCUGGAGAUUUGCUCCAUCGACAUUCACAGUCUCACACAGAUUGUGUUGGAGACAGACAGAAAGACUCUUAGUUUCAGUGUCUUGCACAUUGAGGAUCUUGAGGCCAUGGUCAGUCACAUGACUGGCUCACUGAAGAGGAUCUUCCCUGAUUCAUCUCCAGGGAAGCUGUUAAAGACGAUUCCUCCUGAACUUGAGCAGAGACUCCACACACUCACCAGUAGAAUAGAAGAGGAGCUGAAUGGUCAACCUGGAUCCUGUGGAGGAUUCUCUGAUACCUAUGCUGCUCUGUGUGACUUCAAUGAGAUGCCGUUCAGAGAGGAGAUUCAGUGGGAUGUUGACAACAUCUACAACAUGCACAAGUGGAGACAGUUCAACCUGCAGGACUUCAGUCACUUAGAUAGCAGGGACUUGGCAAUAGCAGUAGCAGCUCUGUCUUUCAACCAGUGGUUUACCAAGAUCUACAGCAAAGAACUCAAACUGUCAGUAGACAUCCAGCAACAGCUCACCUUCCUGCUGUCCAGAUCUCCCAGUCUGGAGGAACUCUCACUGGAGGCCAGCGGACUCAAACUAGACUUUGCAAUCAAAAUGGCCGCUGCACUGCGGGAUCACACCUCCUCUACACUGCAAUCCAUCAACCUCUCAGGCAAUGCCAUUGAAGACAAAGGUGUUAUAGCACUUAGUCUGGAGUUGGAGAAUCUAGUUGAGGGACUUAAAUACCUCUCUCUGUCCCGGGUGUCCAUGACAGCAAGAGGUCUCGGCUGUCUGAGUCAGGUGUUAUCCACCAAUCAGCUGUUCUCAGUAUCUCUGACCCACCUGGAUCUGUCUGAUAACCCCGGCAGCCUGGUUACUGAAGACGCCACGUUUCUCUUUAAGUUCUUGUCCAGUACUAACUCUCUGUCUCAUCUGGACCUCAGUGAUACCAACUGCCCUCUAGACACGUUGUUUGUGUCUCUGUCUGCUGGAUGUUGUUACAAACUAAUGCACCUGAACCUGGCCAGGAAUCCUUUCAGCCACAGGAAGGUUCGGGGGGUGACCAGGAGCAUUCGAGAGUUCUUCAGUCAAAGCUGUGAGCUCAAAUAUGUCGGCCUAUCUGCAACCAAACUACCUCCACAAGCUCUCAGGUUAUUACUACAGGGUCUGGCUACUAACACUCGUCUCUGUGGGCUGGAGCUGGACCUCAGUAGCUGUGAACUUCGCUCAGCAGGAGCUCAGGUGAUACAGGAACACAUCUCUGAAGCUACAGCUAUUACAAGUCUGGAUAUCUCUGAUAACGGUUUUGAGAACAACAUGGUGACUCUGAUUCUGUCUCUGGGUCGAUGCCACUCUCUCCAUCACCUCGCACUGGGAAGAAACUUUGCUAUGAAGUCCAGAGCCUUGACUGAUGUUCUCCAUCGUAUAGCUCAGCUCAUUCAGGAUGAAGAGUGUCCCCUGCAGUCCCUGUCAGUGUGUGAUUCCAAGCUGAAAACAGGGAUGCACAUCCUGCUCAGCGCUCUGGGCGGCCACGCUGCUCUGGCUCAACUGGACAUCAGUGGAAACAACAUCGGGGACACUGGGGCUAAAAUGCUGUCCAAGGCCCUGAUGAACAACACAGGACUGAGGACUCUGAUAUGGGACAGAAACAGUGUUACUGCCAGAGGUUUCCAGGAUGUGGCUGAUGCUUUGGAGAGGAACGUCACUCUGCAGCAGGUGUCUCUCCCUCUGGCUGAUAUCACACAGAGUUACCGCAGCAGCCCUGACAGAACCAAAGAGGCUCUGCACAAGAUUCAGCAGUGUUUAGACAGAAACAACCAGAGACAGUGUGACAGAGUGGAACUGCGACAAAUGUACAGAACUCAACAGUUUGAAAAGCAGGUCCAUGGUCUGUGCCGGCAGCUGGAGGACAGUCUGAAACGUCUGACCCACUGCAGCAUUCAGGAACUCCAACCUGACAUCCUGGCAGCUCAUGAAGUGCUGCACAAUGCCAAAGAGUCUCUGAAGCUGCUUCCCUCUCUGUAUGAGGCGGGCAGGAAGUGGACCCCUGAUGGAGACCUGGUGAACUGCAUCCUGACUGAUGCUGCUACUGCAUUGACUGAUGAGUUCACUAGAAGCAUACAGGAGCUGGCUCAAGGCCUGAUGAGGAGCGCGGAGGCAGUGUGUCCACGAGUGGUCCAGAGAUCAAGUGUGGUCGAGUGUGUGUCGGAGAGUGUGUCCAAGAGAAGCAGGCAGACACACACAUUCCUCAGAAACACUCUGGUGGAUAAUGCGGGGAAGAUCAUCAGCAACAGACUGCGUGAACUGAGACGAUCUCUGAGUGUCUCUCUGGCUGAAAGCAUCAGUGAACAGCUGCAACAGGAUCUGAAAAUGGCACAGGACAAAAUAGAUUGUAUUAUCAAAGAGAAUUCAUGCAGUCAGAGAAACAGCAUCCCAGAGCUCCGCCUGGUCGAUGGCGACUUCCCCACUGACGACUAUAGUCCAGCAUUCUGGAGAAAUAGUUUCCACUCCAAGAGCCUGAGGCCUGCUCCUUCAAUUAAAAGUCUCUUGGAUGCAGACUGGGAGCAGCAGAGCAGGGACAGAGGAGCGGAGAGAGAGAGGGGAGGAGGCGCCGGAGAUGAAGGAGGAGGAAGGAGUGGCCUCCACUGGUUGCCGACAGCAACCCCACUGUCAGUCACGGCCUCAAGCCCCUCCCUGUCCCCUUGCACCUCCCCUUCCCCCUCCCCCCCGGGACGGAGGGGGUGGAGGCGGGGGGAGGGGGAGGCGGCAGCGGUGGAUGCUGCAGCGGCGAUAUCAGGAGCGAGAGGAGCAUCGUUCAUUCCUCCUCCCAGUCUCCCCCUCCUAUACUCCAUCUCCGCUCGAGCUCCAGUGGAGGCUGCCGGCCGCGGAGGCUUACCCAGACGAGAGGCUCCCUUCCCCGGCUGCGGCCCCAGCCCAGGCCCCCUCCCUGGCCCUGGAUACCCCGCUUCUCCCAUGGAGCCUCUACCCACCCAGGGACAGACACUAAGGCACUACACCGCCUCCCGACCGCGGCCACGACGCACACACACACAGCCCCCCUCCUCCAGGCCCCAGGAGCCAGUGUCAAAAGUAGAAGAGAAUGAGGCCACUGAGGGGAUGGGCAGAGUGGAUGAAGGAGUAGAAGAGUUCUUCACCAAGAAAAUCAUCCCUGACUAUGCACUAAAAGGCCGGUGGGAGGAGUCAAACUCUGCCCAAGCCACCCCCUCAGAGUCAAGUUCAACCCCCUCAGCCUCAACCCCCUUUUCCUCCUCGUCCGACCAUAUCACCUCCUAUGCCACCACCACCCCCGUCACCUCCCCUUCUGUCCCUUCAACUGACACAUCCUUCACAUCCACUGAUGUUCCAUCCCUCUCUACAUCCUCCACUCCCUCCACCACCUCCUCUUCUGUCACCGCUCCCACCACCACCACCACCACACUUCCUACCAAAAACAUCAAGAAAAAGUUUGGCGACUUCUUCGCCUUCAAGAGGGCUCGAGCCGGGAGAGCCGCCAAGGCAGGAGGGGGAGAGGGAGGAGGAGGAGAGGCGGUUAAGGUCAAAAGGACCUCCAUUGCAGACCUCAUUCGACCCCUCCGCGAGGCCAAAGAAAGGGAGAGAGAGAGGGAGAGGGACAAGGAAAGAGAGAAGGAGAGAGGGACAAGAUCAGGGGAGGAUGCUAACGUUUCUAAUGAUGCCGCCACCACAGAAGGAACCGUUGCCGCCAGUCAACAUCUUGCAGGCGAUGCGAGGGAAACGGUGGCGCCUGCCAAGACGUUAACCACCACGACACCCCCCAGUGAGACCCCUCCCUCAUACCCCGUCAUCGCCACGACCCCUGACCUCACCACCGCUACGCUCUCAAAUGCGGAAGAAGAGGCGGCGACCUCACUUCCCGACUUGCCAGGCCGAACUCCGAGUCCAGUGGUCACUUCCCCUCUGACUGAGCAGGAGCGGAGCAGUAUGCUGAUGAAGGAGAUGAAGAUGGGAGGGACUCCGUAUGGAGAGAGGAGGCUGAAGGUAACCAAGAGAUCACUGAGAGAGGGCAAGAGCCAGAGUCUCAUACUGCUGACGGGAUUAGAGCCCGAAGACAAGGAUAACACACACAGUAAGAAGCAUGUAUCUGAGAGCACAUCUAGUUUUGAACAGAGGCUGCAGGUGAUGCUGCACAGAAUGGGCGUGGCCAAAACUCCACCUGCAGAAACCAAGUCCAACCAGAAUAAAGACGAGGAGCUGAGGAAAGCCAACUCUGAGGGUGCUAUCCUGGACAAACCUGACCCACCUCCUGCAUACAUGAAGCCCAGAACCAUGUCUACAUCAUCAGCCGACCCCAGGCAUCCAAUGAGAGCGCUGGACCACAUCCGGCCGGACCCUCCCCUUUACCCAAAACCUGCCGUCCCCGAUCGUCCCGUUGGCCCCCUGCCACCCAAACCUGCCGUCGCGGCCAAGCCUCCCAUCCCCACCCCGACUGGUCCUGCAGGAGGAGGAGCUCGUCCCUCCUCCGCUCCUCCUUCCAGCAGCUCAGCAGAGGGAGUCCAGCUCAGAGCACACACACAUGAUGGCAGGACAGCAGAGAGUCUUACACAGAAUGAAAGUCAGGAGGGUCCCAGGGGUGCAGCUCCAACUCCGUCCCCCAGGAAAGAGCUGCUUCCUCCAGCCCCGUCUCCAUGGAGGGGGGGUCCCAGCACACAGGAUCGCUCUGAGAAAGCACAAUCAGUGACCGACGAGAGUCUUCCCAAACCAAGGCAACACCUGAAGCCCCUCCCACAACGGCGAGCUGUGUCCGUCCAUGAGGACGCUCUGGCCAUGACACAAGAGCUGAAGGCUGUGUUACAAAGGUCUCCCAUCCGUUUCCGGGGCAACAGAGGGGAUCUGCCCACCUGCACCGAAGAUCCAACCAGUGUCUGGAAAACAGGGAAUCAAGCAGCUGAAGAAAAGAAGGAGGCAGGCUGCGGAGGGACGCUAGAUCAAAGCAAGCCCCCCCCUCAAGAGGUCUCUGGGUGUCCCUCCUCUGCAGCUCAGGCUCAGAAAGAAGAAGCAUCAACACCGAGACUCUUCAGUCCCACCGCAACUGCCGAUAAACCCCCUCCAACCUUGGAAAAACCCUCCCUAACCCCCACAUCCCAUGCCAAGGGCCCCGGCACAAUCUCAUCCGAAACCCUGCAGCGCCCCCAAGCGAGCCCCCCGCCGCCCCACGGGAAGAAGAGCCCCGGCACGUUAGCAGCGGCGGUGGACGUAGGUAACGGCACACAGGAGAGAGGAGAGGCGGUCUCUAAACAGCACACGACAAAGGCAGAGCCAGCAGACCAAAGAACUGAGCCUCCCUCUCUCUGAAUAACACACAGACUCACCUGAGGAGGAGAGAAACAC